CAUUUGACAUUAGUCAAAAAAAUAAAAACUUCUCUUUUCUGAUCUGAGUCUGAAAAUCUGAAAUAAAAAUAAACAGUUAGAAAUCCAAAAUAAUUUAGGUACAUUGAUUGUUCUCCUAAACUUGGAAAAUGGUAUUGGACAAAUCGUUUUAAUUGUCAGUUGGUCGGAUUAUUUUUAUUUUAGAUUAAUCAACACUGCAGUGUACAAUAUCGACAAACAUGUUGAAAUACCUUUACAUUCUUAUUUUUAAUGGGGCCCUUGUGCGCAGUUUAUUUAUUAGCGAUAUGACUGUAAGUACUUUUGGCAAUAAAAACGAAGGUAUUAUUGCUGCGUUUGGCGAUUUUAACUCUGAUGAAUUAACCGAUGCGUUUAUUAUAAAUGGAUCCAAUGUGGAGGUAUUGCUAGCUCACGACAAAGAACCAUUCUUUCGACCUUCAUCAUACAGUUGCAACUUUAGCAAUCUCAUAAUUAGUAGUGUCGUACCAGGUGAUUAUGAUGGAGAUGCCUACAUGGAUAUACUGGUAACUACUCAAAUUCAGAAUUCUUCUAACAUCCAUGAAGUAAGAAUAUUAUGGGGUGGUAUGCCUACUUUAAAUUGUUCAGAUGCAUUAUUGAUAAAAGCAAUUUCUGUUGGUCAGCCCCUUGUGUUAGACUACAACAGGGACAUGAUACUAGAUCUCUUUGGUAUAAAUGUGCAAAAUAAUAGAGUAUUUUGGGUUUUUGACAAAUCAAGAUCAACACCCACAGAAAUAAUGAUGAGUACAAAAAAAAAAUUGAAGGAAAUAAAAAUGCCUCACUCCCAUUCUUUCUUGGAUGUAAAUGAUGACAAUGCUGCAGACUUGCUGGUGACCACACACAUAGAUGUUGAGAUCUGGCUCAAUGAUGAAACAAUUGGAUUUAGAUAUAACAACAGCAUUGAAUUACUUGUGGGCCACCCAACUAUAUAUGGUCAGGCGUUAUUUACAGAUGUUGCAUUGUCUGGACAAUUUUUUCUUGUAGUGCCAGUGUGUUAUGACCUUGAAUGUGUUAAUAGUACAAUCUUGAUUUAUGACAAUGAACAGUGGCAUGACCUACAAGUAGAUUUUAACGAUGGAAAAGGUACUUUGUGGAGAUUCAUACCACCAAGAGCAGAGAUGUACUUGGAUACAAUAACAAUGCGUAGCGGGGACUAUAACAUGGAUGGUUACCCAGACAUUCUAAUGACUCUAACUCCUGUUGGUGGUAAAGAUACUAAAGCAUUUUUAUUACACAAUGUGCCUUGCAACUUACCUGGAUGCAAAUUUUACAGAACAUUUGAAGUACAGUGGGAGAAACUAGAUACAUUUGGCAAGAAUGUAGUAAUGGCCACAUUUUAUGACCUGUAUAUGGAUGGAGUUCUUGAUGUUAUAUAUGUACAAAAGAACAUAACCAACACAACACAGAAAUACAUGAUGAGAGCCUUUAGAAAUGAAUUGGAAUAUGACACCAAUUUCAUUAAAGUUAUUGUUGUAACAGGAUUAAGUAAUGAGAGGGUACCUACUAUUAAUGGAACUUUGUACAAUAGUAAAGUAACAUUUGGAACAAAUUUGCCAGGUCCUAAAAUUGGUUACAACACCUGGUCACAAGAAGGACAGUACAGGACUGGAGUGUGUGCACAAUUGCCACAAUCAGCUUACUUUGCUUUACAGCUACCCUAUUCUAUAUUCGGACUUGAUAGAACACCAAAUUUUGUAGACACUUUGACAGUAGGGCUGUCUGGUUACUCUAAAAGUUGGACACAAAUUAUACCAAACUCACAGAUAGUGUUGAUUCCCGCUCCACCAAAUGACCCUUCGGAGUGGAGGGCACAACUAUUUGUCACACCUAGCAAAGUUAUUCUUAAAAGUGUGUUUGUUCUAACAGCUAUAAUUGUUAUAAUAACUGGCUGUGUAUUAUAUUUGCAUUGGAAAGAAAGACAUGACAGACAAGAUAUCAUUGAAAUAGAUGAUAAAACUUAUGUUAAGAUUUAAGAUCUAGAAUAGUAUGUUCAUAGGUUACCACUUCAUUAUAUCUUGAUAGAAUAUAUUAUUUGUCAUUAUCCUGAUCUGUGAUUUAAUAUAUCAAUAUUGUUGGAAUUAUAGCUAUGGUGUACUUCAAUUUUAACCGACUUCCAAAAAGGAGGAGGUUCUACAUUCGGCUGUAUGUAUGUUUUUCAGUGUAGACUCACUAUAUAUCCUGUGCAAGUUUGAAGGUUAAGAUAUAAUUAUUAUCAUUAUUUAAGAGAUGUUUAUAAUGUUAGGCAUGUAAAUGGCCCAGACUGAAGUUACUAUUUACUGUAUAUAAUUAAAUGUUGUCAAAUAUUCGUUAUUUUAUAACAAAGUUAAUCAAAGAAUUAAAUUAUAUAUAAUCCAGCGCAUGUUCAUAACCAUCUGUCUGUGGAACAGAUUUUGAAUUUCUUUUCACUAACAUAGUCUAUUUCUUGAAGAAAAUUUAAAAUUAUAAAUGACUGAUUGUGCUGUGUGCAUUUUAUCAUAAUUAUAAUUAAUGCAUUGCAAUAAAGUUCUUUAGCGAUUAUAUUGCUAAAACUUUGCUAAAGCUUAUAUAAUUUAUUAGAUCUACCGAAAUAAACUGCUAUAGAAUCAUAUUAUAGUCUGGUAAGUUCGUAGAGAACACUCCCAUGAUAUGCGGGUGACAGCGGGAAAGACUGCGCGGGUGUGAAAUCGUGCGUGCGGGGAAGUGACGUGCAUCAAUCGUGGGUUUUUCAUUCAUCGCUACACGAUCCCCCCCCGGCCCGCGCGUAACAUCGGGAGUGUUACGAAUGAAGUUUCCAAGAUAUAGAAAGAUUGGUGAUAAUGUAUUGUGUCAACAUCAAACAUGCCACUUUCUAAUAAAUGUAAAAUUCACAGAUUUUCAGAAUAUAAUAGGUAAUAAUUAUUGUAAAAUAAGUCUUAAUUAUUAUGAACUGUGAUUUUAAAUUAAACUAUAUUAUGCUUUUGUAAAUUAUAUUGUUAGUUAUAAUUAAAGAUUGAUAAAUACACAAAAAGAAAUAAGUGCUUUUAAUA